CGUUUUUUGGGGGGUUUUAAAUCCAAGACAUGAGAAAAAAAAUUAACUGGCUUUAACUUAUUUUGUGUGGAAUCUUUAAGACUGCAAACAAGGAAUAACCAUGAGGGAAUCCCAAAUACAUGUUUAUAUGCUUGUGUUUGGCCUAUUGGCAACUCGAUAUGUGUCUGGAUUUUACUAUGGAAUAAAUGCUGGAGUCACCCCGGCGGACGCCCAAACCUUCUGCCAGUCCAUUGGUCUAAGAUUGGCUGUGCUAGAAACCCUGGCGGAGUACGAGGAAGCGAGGGCUUUCCUAAUGGAAUAUGACCAACUCUGGGGCAAGGGCGACCAUCCUUGGAUUGGCCUGGAGCGCGACUUAUCGGCAACAACACAUACAUACAAAUGGAUUGAUGGCAAUCCCUUGGCGUACGCCAGUUUUGGUACAUACCCUUGGAGAGAUGCAACCACUCCGGCUGAUGAUCUUACCAAGACUUGCAUCAGACUUGACUGGGGACCGGGGUUGUUGUUCAAGCCAGAAUCUUGCACACAAACUAAGGAUUUUCUCUGCGAAGGAUUCCACCUAGUGUCAUCCUCUGUAACGUGGAGUACAGCAAAGUCAGGCUGUGAGGCAAACAACAUGAAACUUGCUUCCUUACCAAACCAGGACGCCCACACUGCUGCUAGUCAAUUCAUCAACGUGAAACGGGCAAUAGCUUCAACCGAAUGGAGUAGGGUGUGGUUUGGAAUAAAAUGCACCUCCGGAAAUACCUACUAUCACGAAGACGGAUCCGGAACUCUGACUUACGGCUCCAGUUAUAACAUACUGCCUUGGAAUUCCGGUGACCCCGGUGGUUGUAUGUGUGGGCGACUCAAACGUUACGACUCGAAUAACUACGGUCUCUACAAAUGGACGGACAAAGAGUGUUACAAUACUUACCCAUAUCUCUGUAAAGACGAGUUUGUGCCCAUUGUCAUCACAACUCCCGCCCCCGCUACAACUACUACUACGACUACUACUACGACUACGACUACUACUACGACUACGACUGUACCAACAACCAGCACGCUACCCGAGACAACCACAAAACCUUGGUGGUUUGUAGAAUACAGCGAAGACGGGAAAGCACUCGGAAAAAAUGGAAAGACAUUUGACAAAUCGACUCCUCCGGCUCGCUUCGGCUUCAUUGGAAUGGCUAUUGGUUUUGGUGUCUUCUCCUUCAUCAUCGCCGUCAUCUGCACGCUGUGGUUUUGCUGUAUCAGGUCGAAGGACGACUACCAUGCCCAAGAAGACUCGGAUGAUGAAGAGGAGGAAGAAAAACGAAAGAAGGCGUUCACUGCUAUCAACGCCAAGCCACACGGGCUUCAGUAUAUAGCCUAAAAAUGCCAUUUUAUGAAGUCUUUUCAAUUCGCGGAGGAAUUUUUUUUCGUAUUUUAAACUUUUGUAAAGUGUGUGUUUGAUUUAUUAUUCGCUUUUAAAAUUGAACGUUUAUCAAUCUUGUGUAUUGGCACACCUUUGAUUUAUUAUAGAGUUAAAAUAAAAUGUACAGGACCAAUUUUUCGCGUAUCGUAAGGUGAAAUGGUACACCGCAAUUUUAUUUUAUGAAUCGUUAAAGUGUUCAAAGAAGGAUAUAAACUUAUAGGGUUUUUUUUACGCUUUUUAGCUCACCUGAGCCGAAGAUUCAACUGAGCUCUUCUGAAAAAAAAUUUGUCUUUUGUCUGCCAUCGGCGUCCUAAACGUUUCACAUUUUCAUCUUCUCCAGAACCAUUCGGCCACUUUCAACCAAACUUAGCACAUGGAUCAUUGGGUGAAGGGGAUUAAAGUUUUGUUUUUAAAGAAGGACCACGCCGUCUUUAAAGGGGAAAUAAUUUAGAAUUACUGAAAAUUCGUUGGUAUUUUUCAAAAUCUUCUCAUAAACAAUUUGGCCAGAAAAGCUGAAACGUGUUCGAAAACAUUCAUAGGUAGUGUAGAUUCAAGUUUGUACACAUCAUGGUCUCCGAGGGUAGGGUGUUGCCACAAUGAGGGGAAUUUUUACAUAGGGUCACAAAGAAAAUCUUUAAAAAUAUUAAUCUCACCAACCAUUUGGCCAGAAAAGCUGAAACUUAAUUGAAAACAUUCUCAGGUAGAGAAGAUUAAUGUUUGCUCAAAUUAUGAUCCCUGAGAGAAGGAUGUUAAAAUGAGUUACAAUGGUGAGAUUAAUUUUUACAGAGAAAUAUUUUAAGAAAAAAUCUUUAACAAUCUUUUCAAAAUCCAUCUGGCUAGAAAAGCUGAAAUUUGUGUGGAAGCAUUCUCGGGUAGUGUAGAUUCAAGUUUAUUGAAAUCAUGGUCCCCAGGGGUAGGCUGGGGCCGCAAUGGGGGAUACAUUUUUGCCAAGAAUUAUAGAGAGAAAACCUUUCAAAAACUUCUCAAAAAGCAUUUGGCCAGAAAAACUAAAACUUUUUUGGAAACAUUCUUAGGAAGUAUAUAUUCAGAUUUGUUAAAAUUAUGAUCUCCGGCAAUAUAGUGGGGCCACAAUGGAAAGGGGAGGGGUCGAAUCUUUACAUACAUGUAGGAAUAUAUAUAGAGAAAAACCUUUAUAAAUCUUCUAUAAAAGCAUUUAGCCCUAAAAGCUGAGACUUGUGUAAAGACACAGGUUGUGCAGACCACAGUGUGAUCAACUCACGAUUCCCAGAUGAGGGGUUGGGCCAAAAAAAAAAGGGAUUUAAAAAUAAGAAUAGAGAAAAUCUUUUUACAAAUACUAUAACAACGAAAGGGGCUAGAAUUUUAUCAUAAACAUUUGGAAUGAAAAACGGGCAGAUUUUUUAAAAUGCUUUUUGUGAAAGAUAUACUCUACUAAACUGUCAAGAUAUUUUGAAUUAGAUACUGUAAUGCUGAUUUGAUCCGAGUUCUGGCUAUUGUUGCUCAGGUGAGCGAUGUGGCUCCUGGGCCUCUUGUUUUUUUAUUUUUGAUGAGAAAGAAUUCCUUCUCAAACUUUGUAAUGGUUUGGAUAGAUAUUUUUUUUUUAGCCGCGUAUAAUAUCAUUAUACAAUUUUUGAUUUCUGUUUUGAUGCGCCUUUUUAUUAGAGUUAUUUUAAAAUCAA